GGAAGGCAGAUAAAAUGCCAGGUCUGGACUGUCUCUGGGGAUAACCUUACCCUAUGUGAUAUGAAUGAAUAGCAUCUUGCCUGGUAAAUCCACAAGAAUUAAUAAGGCAGGCGCAGUUCUUUCAAAUAGGCCUUUUCUAUCUUUUAGCUCUAGCUGUGGCUUCUGUACCAAUUUUGUUUUUGCCUUGAAAGAGGUGCUCUGGAUUAUCAGACCUCCAUGUAUGACAAUUUGUACCUGCAUGGAAUUGAAGACUCGGAGGCUGAAGAAUAAUGUGAUGUGUUACCCAAGAUGGUGUGAACAAAGCUUCAAGCCAAUGAAGAAGACUAGGCCUAAAUAGCUGACCUGGUGAAGUGAAAAGUAAAGCCACACCUGGAGUGCCACAUCCUCAGCAGUCUUUCUCAGUGCCAAUGCAUUUAUGGCUGGUUCAGCAGAUUCCUACACAAGCAGGCCAUCUGAUUCCGAUGUCUCUCUGGAAGAGGAUCGAGAAGCGAUUCGUCAGGAGAGAGAGCAGCAAGCUGCUAUCCAGUUGGAGAGAGCAAAGUCCAAACCUGUGGCAUUUGCCGUGAAAACGAACGUGAGCUACUGUGGCGCUUUGGACGAAGAUGUGCCUGUUCCAAGCACAGCCAUCUCCUUUGAUGCCAAGGACUUCCUACACAUUAAAGAGAAAUAUAACAAUGAUUGGUGGAUAGGAAGGCUAGUGAAAGAAGGCUGUGAGAUUGGCUUCAUCCCAAGUCCUCUUAGAUUGGAGAACAUACGGAUUCAACAAGAACAAAAAAGAGGACGUUUUCAUGGAGGGAAAUCCAGUGGAAAUUCCUCUUCAAGUCUUGGAGAAAUGGUAUCAGGGACAUUUCGAGCAACACCCACAUCAACAGCAAAACAGAAGCAAAAAGUGACGGAGCACAUCCCUCCUUACGAUGUUGUGCCAUCCAUGCGUCCGGUGGUCUUAGUGGGGCCGUCACUGAAGGGUUAUGAGGUUACAGACAUGAUGCAGAAAGCCCUCUUUGAUUUCCUGAAGCACAGGUUUGAUGGGAGGAUAUCGAUAACGAGAGUGACAGCUGACAUUUCUCUUGCUAAGAGGUCUGUCCUAAAUAAUCCCAGCAAGAGAGCAAUAAUUGAACGUUCGAACACUCGGUCCAGUUUAGCGGAAGUACAGAGUGAGAUUGAGAGAAUCUUUGAAUUGGCAAGAUCUUUACAACUGGUUGUUCUUGAUGCAGACACCAUCAAUCACCCUGCACAACUCAUAAAGACGUCUUUAGCUCCAAUUAUUGUUCAUGUAAAAGUCUCAUCUCCAAAGGUUUUACAACGGUUGAUUAAAUCUAGAGGAAAGUCCCAAAGUAAACACUUAAAUGUUCAACUGGUAGCAGCUGACAAACUUGCACAAUGCCCCCCAGAAAUGUUUGAUGUUAUAUUGGAUGAAAAUCAGCUGGAGGAUGCGUGUGAACAUCUAGGAGAAUACCUUGAGGCAUAUUGGCGUGCUACCCACACCACCAGCAGCACCCCAAUGACCCCGCUGCUUGGAAGAAAUUUGGGCUCAACAGCACUUUCACCAUACCCCACAGCAAUUUCUGGGUUACAGAGUCAGCGUGUGAGGCACAGCAACCACUCCACAGAGAACUCUCCAAUUGAAAGACGAAGUCUAAUGACCUCUGAUGAAAAUUAUCACAACGAAAGGGCUCGGAAGAGUAGGAACCGCUUGUCUUCCAGUUCCCAGCAUAGCCGAGAUCAUUACCCUCUUGUGGAAGAAGAUUAUCCUGAUUCUUACCAGGACACUUACAAACCCCAUAGGAACAGAGGAUCACCUGGGGGAUAUAGCCAUGACUCCCGACAUAGGCUUUGAGUCUGCAGAAACAAGUACAAAAAUUCAUCUGUUGACAAUUGCCAUAGCACUGCUAGGAUAAACCAAUCAUCGUAACUUGGCAAGUACAGCACAGUAUUUAUUGUGCUUAUGGGCUGAUGUCAUAUGAUGUUAAGUAAGGGGCAAAAAAAUGUACAUUAUGCCCUUCAGUCUAGAUGGAUAUUAGAUGCCCAAUCAUAUAGAUAUUUUUAAGUGCAACAUUUACAUAACAGUACCUUUUGUUUUCUUCAUUAGAUUUAGACAUGUCAAUUUGUAAUUUAGGGUACAUAUCAAGGCACAUAUAAAAAUAAUUUCCCAUGCUGGAAAUUCCAAAUGACCAGUUCCAGUUGGAACCAAUUUAUAAACCAAUUCCUGUUGGAAUUUGGGUGAAUCGACUAGAAAGUCUACUUGAGCAUGUUGCAAUCAGUUUUAAAAAUCUGAAAAAAAAUCUAAGUAAUAAGAAAAUCAAAAUGCCAAUAGGAGCCAAAACCAGCUAUGGUAUUUAUUUGCUGGAAGCUAAAUUUACACUUAAAGUUGGAAUGUAAACAUUUUAAGAUGUAUUAAUGUUGCCAGAAUGGCUUUUCAAACUUACCAAAUGUAUUGAUAGUGCCAAAAUGUCUCAAAUUAAUGCAGAAAUUAUAUAGUUUUCUCAGAUUUUAAUAUCCCCCCCACCCCAGCCAAGUUAUUGUGUUCAAACUGUUUUGCUUUUUGUUAAGUCACUACUGUUAACUUGUUUGAAGUUGGCAAAAAACAAACAAACAAACAAAAAAACAACCUCAAAAAGUCUUUAGCAAUGAGAAAAAAUAGUAAAGAGAAGCCCAAUAGCUUCUCUUUAGCAGAUGGAACUGGAAAAUGGGGUGUUGUUUCCCCUUUAAUCAAUCUGAGCACAACUACAUACAUCCAGGAAUCUGAAAUCAGACAGUAAAAAAAAGACACAGAGCUUCCUGAUUUCAAAGCUAAAUGUCAGCACAAUUGAAUACUUUCCAUUGUUUCAUUCAGUCUUUGUCUUUGAAUAUCUGAAUGUUCUAGCUCUCUGCCAAAUCUUUAUAGGUUUACUAAGGAUUUUCAGUUUACAUGGACACAUUCAAUUUUGAUAUUGAAGACUGUGUUCAUACACAGUGAUUAAUUGAAAAAUGUGUAAACAAAUGAUGAGCUAAAGUUUGCAAUAAAAAAUAAACUUGUAGGCUCAGACUACAUUUGAUCACUAAAAUUAUAACAUUUCUAUUAUAUGAUUUAUGAAGAAUUUGGAGGUUGAGCUGCCUUAUUUUUAGUGAAAACUCCUCUUCUCCUAUUAAAACUUCCUAGUUUUUCCAGGGGCUAUUCUAGUGGAAUGGGUGACUUUCUGCAUUAUAAUUAUAAUACCAAGGAUAUCUUAGAUCCAAAAAGUUAUUUAAGUUGACCCCUUUAUACAAUACACAACUAUCUUUAGGAAAAGUUUCUUGUUUCUUAAAGUCCAAAAUGUGUGUAUUUUCCUAAAGCCCUGAAAAGCUCAGGCAUAAAAUUUCUUUUCCACUGGUACAUGCCAUGAAAUCUUUGUUGGAAAAUUAACAAUAAUUCAACUUCUGUUAUCUUAUUUUUCCCACAUGCUUUUCAAUACUUAAGCUCUCAUAGCAUGCACCCAUUAAACUUCUAUUCCUGACCACAAAAAUAAGCUCCAUAUUCUUGACUAGUCAUACAUAUCUUGAACUACACAUUCCCUCUCCUUGUGUUCGUUAUGUUCAUUAUGAACUUGUUUAGCUGAUAAUGAGGAUGCCUAUAGUUAUAUAAGCUAUCACAAGUAUUUGAUACAACUGAAAAGUAUGGGCUCAGUAAAUUCUAAAAGUUAACAUGUGAUACUGGCUUGUGAGGUUCUUUUGUCAUGUAGUAAAACUUAUAGAACUUUCAGUUAAGACAUUUAAAGAACUGUAUCCAUUAAGCACUUUAAAAAACAUAUAACCUGCCAUUAUUGAAUAUUUGUUAGAGCACAGAAGACCAUUUUCCAGCAAACAAAAAUGUUUUUAUUACAUGUACAGCACAUAUUUGCAUGAGAGAGAAAACAUUAGCCAAAACAUUUUCUAUAUGCUUUACCGGUUUCUUGUUUGUGCGUGUUAAAGUAUUUAAUUCAAAGAGUGCACCAAGGUGUAUAAAUUUAGACUAGACAGCUGUUCAGCUUUUUUUUUUGUAGUAGCAUUAGCAAUCUGGUCAUUUAACUAUUUUAAGAUAUUUACAUUUUAUGGCAGGUAGCUGUAACAGCACUUGUGUAUAUUUCCUAAUGGGCAAGAUUACUAUUUUCUUUCAACUUGGAAAGUUAUUUUUAAAGGUCUCUUAGAGCCUUGUUCUAAGUCUUCCAUGUCAUGCCCAUAAAGAAAGAGGUCCAUCUGUGCACAAAACCAAUCUGUCUUUUACCAUCAAAUGUCCAUACCUGUUUUGCUUUGCAUUCUUAUUCAAAGUUAACAGUCUUGGAAAGGGUAUAAUGUAUAUUUUUUCUUGAUGGGUAUAUUUACAACUUUACUUUGAUUUGUCAUAGUCUUUCUCCUUUUUAACAAGUUUGGCUUCUCCAAAUGGAUGAGAUAUGCAUUUUCCUUUUCUUAGGCCUUAGAGUUUAUCAUGUAAAUGAUACUAAAAUACAGAUAUAUACUAACUGAAAAUUUUAUUUUUGCCAAGCACAUAUAGCACCUUUAGAAACUACAUGUUCCACAAAUACUUUGUUUUUAACUGAUUUCAUUUAAAAAUAGCAAAUGAUAAGCAGGGAAACAAGUCUUACAAUGUUUGAAGCUGUUUUGUGGUAUAAACCAUGUGUUUUGUCAUUUCAGUAUAUGUAACUCCAUAAUAGUAAAUUACAUAUCCUGUCAUUUCUGUCAGCAAACAUGUAACAGUAUAGACUCAUAUGACAAUGUGGAAAUGUCCUGGAAAAAAAGGAAUGCAAUUUGUCAAUCUUGAUGUUAAUUCUCAAGGCUAUAAUGUAACUCCAGUAUUAUAAUCUACAGUGUUAUGUUGUUUACUCCAAUAUUUAAAGCAACAUUAGAAAUAUUUAUAAAUGAGUGAUGAUUCUCUUAGCUUUAUACAGUUCUACUGGAAAGAAAAUUGAAAUUAACAAUUUAGACUGAUAGUCUUUCCUAAUAAGAGAGUCUUAAUUAUGUGAUAACAUUGCACUUAGUCCUUAAUGAAAUGAAUUUUUUAAAUACAAAACAUUCUGAGAACAUUUGUUCCCUUAAAUAAUUUGUCAAUUGCUUUAAUUAUUAUUGCUGUUGUUUGCAAAAUGUAUUUUUGGAAUGUUAACCUCUUUUCAUACCUGCAUACUUGAACUUGUCUUUUGUGUGGGGGCCUUAAAAAAAUUCAUAAUAGGAAGCUAGGGCAGUGAAAAGGGGGGAGAGGAAGAAAUUAUGCCAAAAGAUGGUUUGUAAUUUUAAACUCUUUGAAUGAACAUAUCAUAAAAUGUUGUUGAGACCCAGGAUGUCAGUGAAGAAUGUUUCUAGGCAACCUUGAUUUGCAUGGUAGUGUAUUUUUUAGUUACACAUUUUAUUUUAAUAUUUGCUAAAAAAUAAAAUAAUAUAAUGCCAUUAUUUAAAGAAUUGCCCUAUAUAUUAAAUAUAUAUUAAUCUGUACUACCUCUUCUCUAGAAGACUAUCUGUCUUUAAGGAGAAAAGCGCUUCUCAGUAACUAAUGAUCAAAUUAAUUAUUAUAACUGCUAACCUUGCUGUGAAGUAAAAUGCAUAAAUUGUUAAAAUAUACCUUCCCUUUAGAUUUUAAACUAUUUCUAAAGUGUUUUUGUCACUUUUUCAUCUUAGAAUGAAGCUUUCUUUAAAUUGGUUAAGUUUAUCAGUAUACAAGGCUAAUCAGUCAUCGUAGGGAAAAAACAAACUACAAGGGAAUUGCCUUUGUGUUUAAAUUUUUGUAAUAUUUAGCUCUAAGUCUAAAAGGGAAAAGAUCCAGAGACUAGAUGUUUAAGUGCAGCUGGUUGCAAAUCCAACUUUUGUUGAUCCUUCUUGUCUUCUACGGACAUUUAGCCACUUACUGGGUAAAGAAAUGCAUUAUCUUGGACUCCCAUGUCAUUGAAAUAAACUUCAUAUGAAGUUCCAAAUAAAUGCUAAUGUACCCCUUCUUUUAUUUUUCUACCUUUGUCUUUCAUGACAAUGUUGCAUGUUUUCUUUUUCUUUUCUUUUUAGUGAUAACUAACUCAUCUUUGAAUGACUAUAUGAAUGAAAACAUUAUAGGAAAUUAUGUAAUAAAAUUUAUUUUAUUAGUCCUUUAGACCUUUAAAUACUGUCACUACUGUAACUGUUACCAAGUUUCUUAUUCAGGCUAUGUCUAUAAGGCGGAGAAUAAUACCCUUAGAAGUGAAGACAUGAUCAAAUCAGUCAGUAAAAUAGUUUUUUUUGUUGUUGUUCUUGACUUAAGCAGUCAAACUAGUCAAAAGAGUAAAAUUGAUUUGUAUGGACAGACAGGCUACAACAUUCAAAAACUGCUUUUUAAAGUUUUCUUCUUUUAUUUAAAAAAUGAACUUUCUCAACUGAAAUACAUUGUCUUAAGCAACUAUCUCUAUCUAGUUGUGGAUGGUUUAAUCCUAGAUGCUUCAUGUAAUUGGGGAACAUUAUGAUGAGGGUAGAAUAUAUUUCCUCAGAUAAUCUUGACUAAGGGCUGUAACUCCCACUUACUUUGAAAAACAUAUAAAUAAGAAUUAAUAGCAACCAGUUUUGGAAAGUCAUAGCUACAUAUGAAAACUUCCUUUUGUUUCUUUUGAUGUUUGUAAAAUGUUUGCAGAAAGAUGGUAUAAAGUGUUGCUGAAGAAUUUAGAGUGGUUUGGGCAAUACACUGACCCUCUGAAAAUUAUAAGGAGUUAAAACGACAACUAAGAACCAAAAGUGGCUGGCCUCUGGCUUUUCAAUAUUUUAUAAGUGUUCUUGGUUAUGUUUUGAACACUUAAAUUUCUCAACAAAUAGCUAUGUCUAUAUUUAUGUAGGGGCCACUCUUGCUCUACUCGCAUGCCACCUUCACACACUUUUAACUGAAAUCAGUGUGAAUUCUGUAUGCAUAAAGAGAUGUAUUAAAGAUGCAGGAUCAUUAAUGCUAUAUUGUUGCAUACUAUUUUUCAUAUGCCUUACAAUAUUUUCUGGGAUGUUAUUAAAAUGAAAGCAUUUUAUUGCCAAAAUAAAUCUAUGUUGUUACUUCUAAUCUGCAUUAGCAGUAGAGAAAUAAUGUAGCAAAAACAUAUAUUGUACAGUACAAAAUUAUAAAAGAUAUAUAUUUUGCCAAUUAUAUAAAAAUAGAUUGAGGAGAAAGAAGCACAUUUGUUAUAGCACAAACUUACAGCAAAUUCCACUGUUAAAUUUGGCAGUUGUAUUUUUUAAAAGUAUAUAAAUUUAGUUCUAUCAGAUUUAUUUCAUCUUCCAUCUUUUUAACUUGCUGUUUGAUACUUUUCCAGCAAUUUACUUCAUAGCCUUGCAAUCUGUGGAUGUAAUUCCUUUCGUUUUAUUCCCUUCCGUACAAUAAAUUAAAUUUUAUUUUGUGAUAGGACACAUACUAUAUUUACUGUUCAUUCUCCUUCAGUAAAAUGCAAACAAGUGAGCUCACAAGGCUCCUAUGAAUUUUGGAUAUGUUUGAAAUAUUUCAUAUUUUUCACAGCCCAGAGUCAGAAUGAUAAAUAAAGAAGUCUCCACAACAACAACAAAAGAACUUAGGAUUCUUCCAUUUGUUUUGUACUGAAUACUAUUUUAAAAAUUAGCUAUUUUUUUGAGGGUGGUGGGAGGGUAAAACAGACAAACUUAGUAAUAGUAAAAUUAAUAUGCCAAAUAAUGUAAAAGAUUUUCUCUACUAUUCUGAGGGCUGUUGAUUUCCCAGGCUAUUGCUAUAUUUCCAGCUACCAUGUGGGAAAAAUAUUUUGUCAAAUAAUUUUUCCUUUCUUUAAAUUUAGUUACCUAUUUUGAUAUUUUACCCUUCCUUUUUGUUUUUCUUAUAUAGGUAAAUGUGUAGCAUUCUACAAGGCAUGCUGGGUAAAAUAUACUAUGCAAAUGUGUACAGUGCUGCAUGUUUUGUUCUCCCUCUGCUUAGUGGCUUUAAGGAAAAAAAAUGUGUUGUUAUUUUUGUGACCCAAAACAUUUAACAAAGAAAAUACAGAGUGCAUGCAUAUAGUAUCCUAAUUUCUAUGGAUUUGUUUUAUGGACUUAAAAUGUGUACAAAUCAACUGCAUUAAUUUUUUUCUUUUAUAUAAUAAAUGAAAAAAAAAACA